AUGCCCGUACUCGUCCGUCUUCGGCUACUGCUAGCGAAGAUACGAGCGUCGUUCGACCCGUUCAAGGGCACGAAUCAAUGGGCGGCGGCGGCGAUCAAGCACGGCAAGGCGCUCGGCUACGUGAACUACACCGCGAACGAUACGUCCUCGCCGGACGUACGCACCCCGCAGGCUGUCAUCCAGACACAAUACACGUGCAACACCCGCCGGCUCAAGUCAAUCGGUAGCCUGAUCAUGAGCGUCGCGUCCGGCACGCUCAGCAUGCAUCUAACGGUCUGGGGCUUGAUGACGACGACGAUGGCAAUGGUGGCGCGGCGUUCGCCAGGAGCGAACAUCUGCAAAGAAUGCGCCACACGAUCUACCGAUCUGGAGAGCCGUCAGCCAAUCUCAUCCCCGACGGCGAAAGAUCCUCUGGACGAGAUGAUAGUCGAGGAGUGGCCGUCACCCGGCAUCUCGAAAGACAGGCGAUACUCGACCGACAACCUGCUCUACAACACCCGAUGA